GUUAUCAAGUUGUUGUAUUAUAUUUAUGCUUGCCUUAAAAAAUUGAGAAUUUUUUUUGGUAUUUUUCUAUGGUCUAGAUACUUUAAAUAAUGUUGGAAUUGUGUGCUCUUUAAAGGUUACAAUAUAAUUCUUCUCUGAUAAAAAGAAGACAUUUUUUAUGUUCAGAAAUUUAUUUAACACAGGACAAAACCCACAGUUACCUCGUAUAUAUAGCUCUUCUGAAGGUUCAGCAUGCUUAAUGAAGACAUGUUUAAAUAAAUAUUUCUUAGGGAAGAAGACCACACCUAUCGAAGCACAGAGCUAUCUCUUGUAUUCAUCAGACACACUGCAGGUCAGAAGAUCAAAGCUUCUGCUGUCAUAAUUUCAUUUAACCUCUCCAAAAUGUAGUCAGCUGUCCCAUGUGUCAGUACAAUUGUAUUUGAAGAGUGAGAAUGACACAGAUUAUUGGCCUGACAAGGCUAACCUGCUAAACAAAGGCAUAUCACAUUACCUGAUGACUUGGAAAGAUAGUGUGAACACAUUGUUUCUUCUGUCCUUUCGAGAGUGCGUUAGGGAGGUGUGAAACUGAUAAAUGAGAAGUAUCCACUCAUGGGAAGAAGGAAUUUAAAUGUGUUUCCACGUAUUACGUACUCAACUGUCCUUUCUAGCAUGAUCUUUUUAAUUUUCUAAACCUAUUUUACAGAUAUGAAAAUUGAGGCCAAGAGUAUUUAAGGGGAAACAUAAUUAGCCCAAUACAUGUGUACAUUUAAGGGAGAAGAUCACAUGGAGUUACAGUGGAACACAGGCCAGACCUCAUUAAAGCAUAAAAUGUUGCAUUUAGAUCAGAUAGUUCUCUUCUUGGUAGAAGAACUUGAGCAUCUAAGCUAACGGUCUUCAAGUCAGAGUUUGUGGAUCCAAAGAAGACCCUGUUGGACCAGUAUUGGAAAAUAAUGAGCAAUGAGCAGGAAAUGAGGUUUAUCCACUAUUGAAGAGGCAGAAUUGUGGAGGCUGGUGAGGUCAAAAUCAGGAAAUUCUGGGAAACACUGGGUGUUGAGCAGGAGGCUUUAAGUAGCAGGGCUGAGUAAGCACCCCUGGUAAUGGGAAUAGCUCUGAGGACUGCAAACGUUCAGAUAGGUGAGCUCAUUCUUUUGAAAGACAUUCAUACUCAAAGGAUAAGAUUUUCUCUAUCUCUUUAAAAGCAUAUGCAUAAACAUACAUACGUUGUAUUAUUAUUUGCAUGUGUAUGUUUGUAAAUUUGUUAUUAUAAUUAUAUUUAGUUACUAGAAUGCUAGUUUACUAUUUUGAACAAAGAAAUACCACACAGGACACGAUGACAUGGUUAAGAGCUCAUUGUUGUUGAAUGAUGUAAGGAAUUAAAUCACGAAUAGAAGCUAUCCUUUUGAAUUACUAUAAAAGUUGACUGUCACUGUGAAUAGAAUUACAAACUCCACAUGAUAAAUGCAUACAUUCCAUAUACCUAGACCUACAUGGGAUCCAAAUCAUAAUCAAAAAAGUAUGUGAUGAGUUGGAUGAGUCAAUAGAGCUGGUCAUGACAGACAUACUCCAGUGGGGACCACUGGGUUCGAAGACACGCUGUGGCUUCCUAAGGUACAGGACCUCAUUUUAAAGAGACAGUCCAAUUCGGGACUUAACAGAUACCCCCAAAUCUUGUCUGGCAGCAUUUUUAAGAGUGUGUGGAGAAGGAAUAGUUUAGCAAAUGGAUACUCAUUUGUUUUGUUUUCUCCUCACCAUUGCAUCUGUAACACUCUCUCAUUCAUCACUGCUAGGAGUGAUCAGCUAGAUGUUUGCCUGUUUGUUUGGGGAAGCAGGUUUACCUGCCAAAAUGACCCCUUUUAUUUAGUUAGAGGACACAGAGUGUCUGAUUGAUCCUUAGUGCUGCAUGCAGUGCCCUAGGAGGACAUGCUCUGUGUUCCUGAGGAGAGCACCUGGUCCAUGCUCUCACCCAGCGUCAGCGGAGCAUCUCCACGCCCACAUGCACAGGUUGGUGAACAAUCCAUGUAUAUAAAGUGAUGGCUCCAUCUCCCCUGAAGAGUGAAAAAUAUGCCAGGAGGUAUCCAAAGAAAAUAUAAUCACCAGAAGAAGUAAACAGGGCCGGGGGUAUAGAUUUGAUUGAGAAUCAGCUGCACCAGUGUGUUCCGGAAUUUUUAAGGGAAAUGUCCAUAAUAAUCUCUAGUAAACUCCCUGGAGCUUUCCAUGUAUGAAAUGAUCUUUCUCUCCUGCCUCUCCUCUCUCACAUUCUCCUCGCCCUUUUGUACUUCUCUCCUUAUGUAAUGUCUCUUUGCCUCUAAUUUAAUCCAGCUUGGUGUUUGCCUCCUUGAGGAAGCUAAUAGAAGUAAGAGCUAGCAUUCUUGGAGUGCCUGCAGUGUGCCAGGGGCAUUGCCAGAUGCCUUCCCAAAGUCUCUCCUCCUCACCCCAGCACUGCCUGGCGGGUGUUCUUCACAGAUGUCUGGUAGGGGCCUGGAGGCUUAAAACAGGUGAUGUGGUUCCACCCUGACCCGCUCCCAAACCUGUGUUCUCUCCAGAUCAUGUCCCCUCCUGUACCUGUUCAACUACUUGGGGCCAAUGAUGAUUUCCAUGUUUGUGUGCUGGAGAGGCAAAUCUUUGACUUCCUUGGAUACCAGUGGGCACCUAUCCUGGCAAAUUUUGUACAUAUUAUAAUCGUCAUUCUUGGUUUAUUUGGAACUAUUCAAUACAGACCUCGUUACAUAACAGGAUAUGCUGUCUGGCUGGUCCUCUGGGUUACGUGGAACGUGUUUGUUAUCUGCUUCUAUUUGGAGGCUGGGGACCUCUCAAAGGAGACAGACCUAAUCCUGACUUUUAAUAUUUCAAUGCACCGAUCUUGGUGGAUGGAGAAUGGACCAGGAUGUACGGUGACAUCAGUGACACCUGCCCCCGACUGGGCCCCAGAAGACCAUCGCUACAUCACGGUCUCAGGGUGUUUUCUGGAGUACCAGUACAUAGAAGUGGCUCACAGUUCCCUCCAGAUUGUCCUCGCACUGGCAGGGUUCAUCUACGCCUGUUAUGUUGUGAAAUGUAUAACUGAAGAAGAGGACAGCUUUGAUUUCAUAGGUGGCUUUGACUCUUAUGGCUAUCAGGGGCCUCAGAAGACAUCUCAUUUACAACUACAGCCUAUGUACAUGUCGAAAUAAUACAAAUGGCUUCUGUAUAUCAGCUCCUGGACCUUUCAAAGAACUUGUUUCGCAGUGGCCUCCUGCAUUUUUUUGAAGAGCAAGAAGCAACUGAGUUUAAAUAUAUACAUGUUAACAAAACAAAACAUAAAGCCUCCACAUACACUAGGACACACACACAUACACACGCACACGCACAUGCACGCACACACACACCCAGGCCGGCACACACCAAUUCUACUUGGCCUCCUCUUUCUAACUGAAACAGACAAAUAUGCAGGACACGCCCAUGGUGGAUUCCGUGAAAGCAGGCUGCUUUCUCCCAGGCCUUUGGAAAGUUCAUAAGGAGACGUGUUGGUGCCCUCUGCUGGCCAUCACUCACUCCUCUGCAGCCCAGCCAGUCGGCCUCUGCCAGCUGCAAAUUCAUCUGGGGCACGUUAGUUUGAGAGCCCUGUCUUCUGCACUCCAUAAGUCUCAACAGCACCACAGCUAUGUAGGCAAUGUAACUGCAAAAACAAACAAACAAAACAUGCCAUGACGACCUUGUAUUCCAAAUGGCAGAUUGUUUGCCCUAAAGGCUGUACCGUCCAUACUUGCCUUAACCCACCUAAGUUGUGCGCCUGAGAAUCUCAGUGCAGACAUCCCCCAGUCACUUCCUUUAGGCUAACACACUGCUAUUAAUUCCAAAUGAGUUCAAGUCUGUGUGUCUCACGUCAAGAAACAAGACUGCAUAGCUCAGCAGCUCCAGUGUGUCUGUGUACGAAAACUGCCAGCUGUCAGCCAAGUGCUUUUACCAUUGAGCCUCCAUGGUGGCCAAAAAGAGACAAGUGACAAUAACAACAGUAACAAUCUUCAUCUUUAUAAUUCUUCCAUAAGGUCUUCUUGAAGGGGUUGGGUGGGACAACGUAAAACAUAUUAAUCUACUAAACUCAUUAAUCUACUGGAAGCAGAGAGCAGAAAUGUCUUGAUUCACUGAUUUUAUUUAUUGCACUCUAGGUGCUUUUAUAAGUAUCUACAAAUGUCUUUUAUUAACACAAAAACAGCUGUGGAUUUCUAUCAACAGAGGCCAACUGAUUAUGUAUUAGCUAUGUUUACUCUUUUAUAUCUAAUUCAAAUCGAAGACCCUAUGUAGGUGAACUUUUUUUCCUAACUUCAGCGUACGAGAUUAUUUUUGGGGUGGGUGGCGGGGGGGAGCAAUAGUUACCUUGGUGAAAUAUUUGAGAUCUCUUUGUGGUAUUUGGGGGAUCUGUUGUGUGUUAGAGUGCAUUUUAAUCCUCCUGUAUUAUUGUGGCAGAAAAAACUGUGCUGUUAACGUAGUUGGCAACAAGAUGCCUUUGGAAACUUAAUAGUAGGUCAAUGUGUUUAUGGAAUAUUCUGAAUUCCUAGGAAAUUUUGUUCUAUAUAUUCAAGCAUUAUUUGGUUUUCAUUAGUGGAAAACAUAAUUAGCUCAGGCUUGUCAGUAACUCAGAUGAGUCAUGGUGUUUUGUUUUGUUUUGUUUUGUUUUGUUUUGUUUUGUUUGUUUUUGAUCCACCUGAGACGCUAAAAUCAAUUUUUUUAACUAAUACACCAUCCUUAAAUGCAGUGAAAUUCAGACUUGAAAAGUUAUAAAUUGGCAUGAAACAACUUUUUCUCUUUGUUUCUAUGAAGUUUCAGUCAUUGGAUUAGCCUACUUUGGACAUUAACCCAUCCAAAUCUACAUAAAUUAUUCCCAUUCCUGUGUCUGCAUGAUGUCUGUGAUCUCCACACAUAUACAUUUGAAAAUGAUAAAGUAACAAAGGUUACUAUUAGAACAUAAGCUACAAAAAAAAAAAAAGGUUCCAGCACUUGUGCUUGAAUUUUCUCAGUGGUUUGUAUAUGUUUGUCCAUAUAUACAUGUAUAAAAUAUAUAAUUGCAAACAUGUCAGUGAAACCUCAAAUAAUGAUUUUAUAGUGACAUGCAUGUUUAAUGUAUGAGAAAAAUAUUUACCAAUAUAUCGUCCUUUGAGUCUUAAAAUAUAAAUACUAUACAUGCCAGAAACUAUCCUAAUGUGACUAUUAACGUGACUAUUAAUGUGACUAUUAGAAUGAGGUUUCGCUGUACAUUCGUGCUGUGAUGAGAUUCCACCUUAGAAGACAUGUAUAUGGAUAGAGAUUCAAAUGCACAGAGAAAUAAACCCUCAUAGUCCUGCUUUAAGUUGCAGCCAAGUCACCAUCUAAUCACUACUAUCAUCACUACCAAAAUUUUCAAAAACAGUUGUUGACUACUAAAAAGGAAUCAGUGGACAGGGAGCACAGUAGUGUGAUUCUAUCUG